CCCACUCUGCCCGCCAUGUUCUGGAGGAGGAGAUACGUGUAGCCUGGCUUUAGCUGGCUUAGCAUUAGCAACACAUAGCUUGGCGGAGGCGCAACAAGCACCCCGAACACCGAAAUAAGUACUAAACCUUCAUUUCCCCCCUCUUGGAAUUGGUGAAACUUGUUUAUGGGUUUAUAUCCCUGGACUAACAGUAGUACCCGACGCAGCCCAAAGGAUAUGGUGAUGGCGUGGUCAUGUGUGCAGCCAGCACUGUGUGUGUGGAGAUGGUUUUAACAGACGCUGUUCUGGAGGACUCAGGAACACUGCACUGGCCUGGAGAAGCCUCAUAAACAAACACACUCGUACACAACACACACACACACACACAUACACACCUGGACACAAGAGUUACACACACACACACACACACGCCACCGCCGUGCCUUGAGAAAGGACACAGGUGCACGGACACGUAACGCAAGCUUCAGCUGAAGCACGCACACACACAUUGACACCCAGUGUGUCUGUUAGCUUUCCUUACCCAAACAUUAUUGAUGUUUAGCUCCUCUCCUGUGUGAGAGUGUACAUUGUAUUUUUUCCUGUCUGUCCCAUCUCCACCGCCACCAUGCCAAGCUCAACCAUCCGCCGGCAGAUGAAGAACAUGGUGAACAACUACUCUGACGCAGAGAAGAAAGUCAGAGAGGCCACUUCCAACGACCCCUGGGGCCCAUCGUCUUCCCUCAUGUCCGAGAUCGCCGACCUUACCUACAACGUGGUGGCCUUCAGUGAGAUCAUGAGCAUGAUCUGGAAAAGGCUCAACGACCACGGCAAGAACUGGCGCCACGUCUACAAGGCGCUCACACUGCUCGACUACCUGAUCAAGACGGGCUCAGAGCGAGUGGCGCUGCAGUGCAAAGAAAACAUCUUCGCCAUCCAGACUCUGAAGGACUUCCAGUACAUUGACAGAGACGGCAAAGACCAGGGCAUCAACGUUAGGGAGAAGAGCAAGCAGCUAGUGGUCCUACUGAAAGACGAGGAACGCCUCAAAGGAGAGAGGUCUCAAGCUUUGAAGACCAAAGAGCGUAUGGCCCAGGUGUCCACAGGGAGCAGUCAGAUGGGUUUUGGCCGAGGCUCAUCUCAGCCCAACCUCUCCACUUCCUACAGCGAAGAGUACGGCAGAUCAGAGGGCUCACCUGCCUCCUACCAUGGCUCCACGUCUCCCAACGCGGGAUCAGAACUAGAGCAGGCCAGACCUCAGACCAGCGGAGAGGAGGAGCUACAGCUGCAACUGGCUCUGGCCAUGAGCAGAGAGGCUGCAGAACAGGAGGAGCGCAUACGCAGAGGGGACGACCUGAGACUACAGAUGGCCCUGGAGGAGAGUAAGAAAGAAGGUCCGGAAACAGUAAAAGUUCCCAAGAGGAAGAAAGAGCCACAGUCAUCUUUAAUGGAUCUGAUGGAUGUCCCAGAGCCUGGUGCCAGUGCUGACCCCUGGGGUGCCGGAGCCAGGGCCGGGGCCGGUGCCGGGGCCGGGGCCGGUGCCGGGGCCGGGGUCGGGGCCGGGGCUGUGGCUGGGGCAGCUGCUGUAUCAGAAGACCCAUGGCAACCUUAUGGGUCUGCCCCUAAGCCAGCAGCCCCAGUGGACCCAUGGGGCGCUCAUCCUUCUGUCCCUCCCAUGAAGAGCAGUGAUCCCUGGGCAUCAAACUCCACUCCCGCCUCUGACCCCUGGAGCUCUGCAGGCGCCCACCCCAAAACUUCCAACGCAGUUUCAGGUAGCUUUGACCUUUUCAAUGCAUCCAACGGUACGUCCAAAGAGGACUUCUCAGAGUUUGACAGCCUGCGUUCUUCCUCCUCUGUCCCCACUGGUGAUAUGGGCGUAGCCUCCUCUAUCCCCUCCCAAGCCAGUCUUGCUAGCAGCAGCAGCCUGGACCUCUUCGACCCCCUGCCCACCUCCAUGUCUACUUCCUCGAACCCAACUAGAAAGACUCCAGAGUCCUUUCUGGGUCCAAACGCUGCCCUGGUCAACCUGGACUCUCUGGUGACCAAACCAGCCCAGCCUGCGCCGAUCGUCAACCCUUUCUUAGCUUCAACAGGCGGCGGCACUGUUCCAGCUCCAGCAGCCCACGCCAACCCCUUCCAAGUGACCCAGCCAGCCCCCCCCACCCUCAACCAGAUGCGAGUCAGCCCCAUGCCCGCUGGCUUCGGCGGCAUGCCCGAGCCCAUGGCCCUCGCCUCCGUGCCCGCUCAGCCCAUCACCAUGGUCCCCCUGGCAGGGAUGGCCCCCAUGGGCCGCAUGAUGCCUGGAAUGGGGGUCGGCGCUGUCGGGGGUGUGGGGGCGAACGCGGGGAUCCCGGCCUCCAUGUCCAUGCCCCAGCCCCUGAUGAGCAUGCCACCCCAGGCUGGGACACAGCCCACCGGAACCACCAACCCCUUCCUUUUGUGAGGGGGUGACUGGGGGACGACUUGCCCCAGAGUUACCCCCCCUCCUCUCUCUUCCUCUCUCUUCCACUUUGGCUCCUUAAGAAGCUUCAAAAUGAACAAGGAGAUGUCUUAUCCCAUUUAUCCCUUUUAUAACCGACUCGUAGCCAGGUCGUAGUCCCAGCCUGGCGGCCUCCUACCUUAACACACUCCUUUCCUCCUUUCCUCCUGUCUCUUUCUCUCAGUGCUACAAGCUGCCUAGUCCUGUGUGUUUCCAUACCGAUCUGACGAUGAUGUUGAUGACCACAAAGAGUUUGCGUCUGUCUACAGACUUACAGAGUAGCAGUGGUGUUUACAGUUUUUUCCACAGGCAGGACGGGAACCACUCUCCUCCCUGUCCUCCUUCUCAUUCACUCGCCUCCCCUCCCUUACCUCUUCCCUUAGGAUUGCUCCUUUCUUCUUCUGUGGUGGAGUGACUGUACUAACACCAGGAUCUUUAUCUCUUCACUAGAGCUAAUCUUUUAUAAGCCCUGUCAGUUGGUGUGUGUAUGUGUGCGCGAGUGAGUGAGUGAGCGCACAUCUCAGUACUUUUACACUGUGUAUAUUUCAGUGGGUUUUACUUAUACACACUGGAGUACGGAUGAGAGAUGGACAGAUGUGUUUAUACUUGUGUGUGUGUGUGUGUGUAUGUGUGUAUGUGUGUGUUACAAUGCAGGGAUUUUGCACAAUUUUUUUCUCUUUUUUUUUUUUUUUUUGGUUUCUUUCUGCGACUGUUGGGCUCACCGUUACACCUUAGCUAAGGGAGGGAGGCUAGCCGCUAUCGACACACACUGCCACAGCUCUCGGUACAACGCAGUCGCAACUCUCGUCUGGUCACUUCCUGUCAAAUUGGACCUUUUCCCGACCCUCCACGUGAACUUUGACCUCCAGGGGUCACGGGUUAAACAAUGAACACUUCUGAAUCAAAGGAGAAGAACCCCUCGCCGCAGGGGUUUGAAAAGAUGCGCAAACGCUAUUUUUGUUUGCAUAUGUGUGCUCACGCGCAGGUGUACUGUUAAUGCUCGGAUACUAACAGCAACAUGUCGAUGUAUUUGUCACUGAGUUUCCCCCAGUGUGUGUUUAGAAAGAAAAAAGACAUGAACUGUGAUGGCAUCAGUAUUAUGCUAUCUGAACAUAUGGAUGCAGGGAGGCAUCACGGGACAGUUUAUUUUUUUCUUUCUUUUUAGUUUGUUUCUAGGGUCAAAGGGAAGAGGAUGGGUUGUGUGUGUGUGUGUGUGUGUGUGUGUGUGUGUGUGUGUGUGUGUGUUUUGCAUGAGAGAUGCAUUUAGCUUCCAAGUGUACUUUAAUGAACAAGUUUUUCCAUUUCUCACUCAGUCAAGUGGAAGUGACUUAGAAAUUGCUUAGGUUAGUUUCUGAGGUGCAAGUCAAAACAGGGGGAUAAUGUAGACAUCUGCAGCCUUAAGAGUGUGUAUGUGUGUGUGUGCGCGCAUUGUGUGUGUUCAAUCAUAUAUCAAGGAGCGUUACUGUGGUGACAGGGUUGCUCUGGGUUUAAAGAACACGUCAGCCACUCAGCACCGGGAAGAGAGUUUACCUCCGAGUGGAUUUACUGUGGCUAAUCUAUGUACAAGAACAUUACCGGGUGGGGGAGACACACACACACACACACACACACACACACACACACACACACACACACACACACACACAGGAUCGGCCUAUUGAUAGGACAGGGGAUCCCGCAGCAAACAGCAGUGAGACAUGUCAUGUAAACAAGCAGUUGUUAAUUUUGUUGGUUACUUUUUGUUGUUAUUUACUCGUUAGAUGUAAAUCCAUAGCCAAGCCUUUCAGAGUUUUGGAGCUGUGUACUAGCAUGUAUCAUCUUCAUUCUCUCUUUUUAUCUAUUUUCUGUCAUUCUAGUUUUUUCACCCUAUGGGUAGGCUAUGUAAUUCUCUUCUCUUAGAAGCACAACUGUUACCAAAGUCAUAACGACUGAUUUCUGAGGAUGUCGUACUUUGAUUAGUUUGAACAGUAGGGUCACACUUCACUGACUUUUUUUUUUUUUUUUUUUUCCCGUUUAUGGAUUCUCAUGAUAUCAGAGACUCCAUUCUUAUAAUUUAAUAUUUCAGAGAUAUUUGUGCAGGAGUUGUAAGAAAGUGUUACUGUUGGCUGAAUAUCGGCACAUUUACUGACAGCAAGCUGAGCGUCCGUCUCUUCUAUUGGUUGAGAAAAGUGGGUUGGUGAAAUACAGCUGAUAAGCUGCACCUGGUGUAUAGACCCUUCUUCUCUUUAGGUCACUGUAAUCCCUUCUCUUCAGUUCUGUUGAUAUCACUGCCAAUGUUAUUACUGUGGAGGGGGUGUUUUAAAUUUUUUUUUUUUUCCUUUUGGUGUGAGUUGGUGCCCUCUCCUGGUCUGCUGUGGUAUGAUAGCUACACUGCAGGACCCUCGAUAUUUCCACUAAACGCAGACCUUCAUUUCUCUCAGGCAAAAGGAGGGGCAGCUCCAACCGUAUGUAUGAUUUUGAUGAUGAUGAUGAUGAUGGUGAUGGUGAGGGUGGUGAUGAGGAUUUUUAUGCUUGAGGUCCUGAAUGAAUGGAUGUGACACUGACUUGCAGAGACCAGCAAACAUUUUUAAUCUCAACUAAAUAUAUGCAAAAAUUGGAGUUGGAAAAAAGUAAAAACUAUAAGAAGACUUAAUGCUUGAUGUGUUUUGCAAAGUUAGAUUUGCUAAUAAAGUCUUGUUUAUUGAAAUGCUACUAUGAUAUUCUAGUUAAGACAUGUCACUUUCUCACUGGCCUUGAUUUCACUGCGGCCUGACCUUUAACUUCACUCCAGCGAUUGUGGAAAAAGGUUGUUUUAUCGAUGCAUUGAAAAUAAAACCUUUUACCGUCUUGAACAAAUUGAGCACUCCCAGUCUGUCGGGUGACACUGCAGUCGAACACUUUUUCUUGAUCCCUGGCAGCAGUUUUACAGUCGUGGCUAUGGUGCAGUGAAAAUGUGGCCUGUGUGUAGCGAGCUCCUCUGCGUGUUACUAUGUAUUCACUAUGCUUUUAUCAAGAGGACUAACUGACCUUAUGGACUGUCUGUCUUUAUAUGCAUAAACAACCUCCUUUAAUCUUUUCCAUGUCUGUCUAUUUACCCUUCUCAUAGUACUGGGAGCAGGCUGCUUUUUUUUAUUGGAUAUGUGCUCAACCUAUUGGCAUUAUAACUGUAUAAUAUAAUUUAUCAUUUGUACUAUUGUAACAUACUGUUCCUCUGUAUACCUUAUUAUUCUGUGUAAUGGGUUUUUGUAGGAAAAGUCACCGUGGUAUUUUAACGGCAUCUAAACAAAUGAAAGCAGCAGGCCGCACCCUGUUGAUGAGGACAACUGUAGCUGCAUUGGUUCAAAAUAAAAUGUGUAUCACUUCAGCUCUGUAA